AUGGGAGAACGUAAAGUGAUCAACAAAUAUUACCCUCCAGACUUCGACCCGCUGAAGCUCAAAAAGCCCAAAAUGCCACCUGACAAGCAAAUAAAAACCCGUAUGAUGCUCCCUUUUACUUGCAAGUGCAAUAUAUGUGGCACAUACCUACACAUCGGCACGAAAUUCAAUAUGAGAAAAGAAACAGUGACUGACGAGUCCUAUUUAGGCAUUGAAAUCCUCAGAUUUUUCUUCAAAUGCACCAGAUGCACAACUGAGAUCACAAUGAAGACAGACCCAAAGAGCCAUGACUAUGUGUGUGAGUCCAAUGCUUCUCGCCAGUAUGACGAGCGAAGAGAUCUAGAAGCUGCAGAGUCAGCGCUACAAGAAAUGAAGGUCCAAGAAAACGAAGACCCGAUGCGCUUUUUAGAAGCUAGGACUUAUGAGUCACGGCGAGAAAUGGACAUUAUGGACGCUUUGGGGGAUAUUUUGAGCAUUAAUAAGAUUCAAGGCAAGGUGGACUAUGAAAAUGUGAUCAGUGAGGUCAGAAGGAAGAGAAAAGAGGAGGAAGAAAAAAAGGCGAUGGUUGAAAAGUACAUGAUGACUAGUGAUGAAGUUAAAUCACAGCUUGUCAAAAGAAUUGACGAGGAUGAAGCAGAUCGAGAGAUGUUUAGAAAACACAAAAAAAUGGUUGAUGAAGUGAAGGGUUUGCAGAAAGGAGAUAAGGAGAAGAAAAAUACAGUCUUUACGAGGUUGAAGCCUAAAUUUAUUGUAAAAAAACAAGUUUUAAGUUAA